AUGAAGCUGGCCCAUGCUCUGGUGCCUCUGCUGCUGCAGGCCUGCUGGGUGGCCGCUCAGGACGUCCCGGGCAAUGACAGGGCGGUCGCCUUCCAGGACUGCCCUGUGGACCUCUUCUUUGUGCUGGACACCUCUGAGAGCGUGGCCUUGAGGCUGAAGCCCUAUGGGGCCCUGGUGGACAAGGUCAAGACCUUUACCAAGCGCUUCAUCGACAACCUGAGAGACAGGACAUCACCAGCCCCGUCCCCACCGCGGGUGCCCGCCGUCGGAGCUCAGGCCUGCUGUUCCUUUGAGUGUCAGCCCGCCAGAGGACCUCCCGGACCACGGGGUGACCCUGGGUACGAGGGAGAACGUGGGAAGCCAGGUCUCCCAGGAGAGAAAGGAGAAGCCGGAGAACCUGGAAGGCCUGGGGACCUCGGACCGGUCGGCUACCAGGGGAUGAAGGGAGAAAAAGGGAGCCGAGGGGAGAAGGGCUCCAGGGGAUCCAAGGGCUACAAGGGAGAGAAGGGCAAGCGUGGCAUCGAUGGCGUGGACGGCAUGAAGGGGGAGAUGGGGUACCCCGGCCUGCCAGGGUGCAAGGGCUCACCGGGAUUCGACGGCGCUCAAGGACCCCCAGGGCCCAAGGGCGACGCGGGUGCCUUCGGACUGAAAGGAGAAAAGGGUGCGCCUGGAGCUGAUGGGGAGCCUGGGAGGCCGGGGAGCACAGGGCCCCCUGGGGAUGAGGGCGAGCCGGGGCUGCCUGGUCCCCCGGGAGAGAAGGGAGAGGCCGGCGACGAGGGAAACCCGGGACCGGACGGUGCCCCUGGAGAAAGGGGCGGCCCUGGGGAAAGAGGACCGCGGGGGACCCCAGGCGUGCGCGGCCCCAGGGGAGACCCGGGCGAAGCUGGACCCCAGGGUGACCAGGGACGAGAAGGCCCCGUCGGCAUCCCCGGAGACCCGGGUGAGGCUGGCCCCGUUGGACCUAAAGGGUACCGAGGCGACGAGGGGCCCCCGGGGCCUGAGGGUUCCAGAGGGGCCCCAGGGCCCACGGGACCCCCCGGAGACCCCGGGCUGAUGGGCGAAAGGGGGGAAGACGGCCCACCCGGAAACGGCACUGAGGGCUUCCCUGGCUUCCCUGGCUAUCCAGGCAGCAGGGGCCCCCCCGGGAUAAACGGCACUAAAGGCUACCCGGGCCUCAAGGGGGAUGAAGGAGAAGCCGGAGACCCUGGAGAGGACAACAACGACAUCGCACCCCCAGGUGUCAAAGGAGCCAAGGGAUACCGGGGCCCCGAAGGCCCCCAGGGACCCCCAGGACACACGGGACCACCAGGGCCGGAUGAAUGUGAGAUCUUGGACAUCAUCAUGAAAAUGUGCUCUUGCUGUGAGUGCAAGUGUGGCCCCAUCGACAUCCUCUUCGUGCUGGACAGCUCGGAGAGCAUAGGCCUUCAGAACUUUGAGAUCGCCAAGGACUUCAUCAUCAAGGUCAUCGACCGGCUGAGCAGAGACGAGCUGGUCAAGGGGGGCACCCCUUCUCGGCGGGGCCGAGUGGGCCGAGUAGAUGCUGGCCAGGCGUCUAAGAACAAGAAGUGCCCAGAUUACACGUGCCCAAGUGAGUACCCGGGGUGCGUGGACAGGGUGCCGGCGGGGGCUCCCGGAGGAGGGCGAGAGAUAGGGGGAGCCCAGGGCGGCCGAGUCGGGAGGCCCCGGCCGCGCACCAACACGACCCCCCACCCCGCAGUCACCUUCACCUCCCCGGCCGACAUCACCAUCCUGCUGGACGGCUCGGCCAGCGUGGGCAGCCACAACUUCGACACCACCAGGCGCUUCGCCAAGCGGCUGGCCGAGCGCUUCCUGACGGCGGGCAAGACGAACCCCUCCCACGACGUGCGGGUGUCGGUGGUGCAGUACAGCGGCCCCGGGCAGCAGCAGCCAGAGCGCGCGUCGCUGCAGUUUCUGCAGAACUACACCGUGCUGGCCGGCACCGUGGACAGCAUGACCUUCUUCAACGACGCCACUGACGUCAACGACGCCCUCGGCUACGUGACGCGCUUCUACCGCGAGGCCUCGUCCGUCCCAGCCAAGAAGAGGCUGCUGCUCUUCUCUGACGGCAACUCACAGGGGGCCACGGCGGCGGCCAUCGAGAAGGCGGUGCAGGAGGCCCAGCGGGCAGACAUCGAGAUCUUCGUGGUGGUGGUGGGCCGCCAGGUGAACGAGCCGCACAUCCGCGUCCUGGUCACGGGCAAGACGGCCGAGUACGACGUGGCCUAUGGCGAGCGCCACCUGUUCCGCGUGCCCAGCUACCAGGCCCUAAUGCGUGGCGUCUUCUACCAGACGGUGUCCAGGAAGGUGGCGCUGAGCUAG